GAGAGGUUGUACUUGCCUGUCUGGUGAUCUGAACUGUUGGUUUCCUCCAGACUUGAACUCCCAUUUUCCACUAGUAAGAUGGAUGACACUGAGCAUGAACUCCAACGAGUGAUCCGUCGCCACUAUCGUGAAAAGAGGGAGUUACAAGCUCAUAUCCAGACCCUGAAAGCUUCCGUCCCGAAGAACGACAAGGGAAGACGAAAGCAGCUGCUCUCUGAUAUCGCCCGUCUCGAGGCCGAGAUGGAGCAAAGGCACGAGCAGGAGCUGGAAAAAUUUGGAGAAAAUCCCGAGAGUGGUGUGGAUUCAGUUACAGCGGACCUCAAAAAGAUGAAUCUCGAGAAUAUGCCUCCACGCCCAGCAAAGUCCCAGAAACGCCGAGACCGAAGAGCUAACCUGGAGAGACGGCGCCAGGAAAGGAUGCCUGCGGCCCAGGCUGAGCAGCUGGCUGCUUACCGUCGUGAGGAGGAGGAGAAGGUCGCUGCCAUUCUCGGAGCUAAAAAUUUAGAGAUGAAGACCAUCCCUGCUGACGGCCACUGCAUGUACCGGGCCAUCCAGGACCAGCUGGUAUUCUCCGUGACAAUAGAGAGCCUGCGGUACCGCACUGCCUACUACAUGAGGAAACAUAUUGAUGACUUCUUACCUUUCUUCACCGAACCCGAGGCAGGCAACUUCUACACCCGGGAGGACUUCCUGAGGUACUGUGAUGACAUCGUGCACAAGGCUUCGUGGGGAGGCCAGCUGGAGCUGAGAGCCCUUUCGCAUGUCCUGCAGACCCCUAUCGAGGUGGUACAGGCCAACUCACCCAUCAUUGUCAUCGGGGAGGAGUACACCAGGAAGCCGCUCACGCUGGUCUAUCUGCACUACGCCUGCGACUUCGGAGAGCACUACAAUUCGGUGAAGCCCAUUGAGGUCCCUGGAGCAGUUGGAGGAAUGGCGCCACGACUCUUCUAGAAGUUUCCAUCAGACACAAAGGAACUCUGGCCUAGGCGCCAUCUUUGUCACCUCUGUGGCCGUGGUUCCUAGGAGAACCGGAGCAGCUAUGGCGUCUUCGUAGGAAUACUUGCUUUUCCUUCGCUGAUUUUUGUUUCUGCUUGUUUUUCAAGAUUUGUUUGUCUGUGUCCUGCCUCUUCUUUGCCUCUUCUUUAUUUGUUUGUAUGUUUGGGGGGAGGGGGUUGGAGGGGGGUUGUUUGUUUUGUUUUGGGGUCAUUGUUUGUUUUUUCCCCCCUCUCAGAUUUGUGUGUGUGUGUGUGUGUGUGUGUGUGCGUGCGUGCGUGCGUGCGUGCCUGCAUGCGUGCGUGUGUGCGCGCGCAUGUGUGUGUGAGUGUGUGUGUGUCUCCCCUCUCAUGUGGCAGGGAAUGGGAUAACAUCUUCUUGGGACACCUAAGAGGCUUAAAUUUCAUCAACUCUAACAUCAUUUGGCCCUUUGGUGCUUUUGUCUAGGUGAGGUUUCAGUUAGGCUGAAAAUGGAAAUUUGGCGUUUUGCUCAUUGUUUACCUGGGCGGAAAUGUUUAGUAGAAGGAUUCAGGUUGUGGGAAUUUCCCUGCAAAUUUAUCAGCCCACUUGAUAAAAGUACAGUUGGUAUGACUGAAAUGACUUAUGAGUGUUUUUAAGGAAAAAAGUCACAGCUGGCUGACUUGCUCUUAACAAUGUUAAAAUACCUGGGUUAAUUUGUUUGGUUUUAUUUUUCAUUCAAACUUGUAAAGCUAGGUGCAAAUGGGUUUUAGUUACCCAGAUAUUUUCUAAGCACUAAAAACUGUGUUUUAAUAGGUAAAUAUAGCUGUUAGCUACAGAAAUUCAAUUUAAUGAACCAGUAGCUUUAAGGUAAGGUUUACCUUAAAGAUGUGGAAGAUCUGAACUUAGUGAUGUUUUCUUUUUUAAUUUUUAGAGAGAUAAAAUAUAUCAAAAGUGACUUCUGGAAUCUCUUCCAGUUUUUGUAUAAAGGAAUGCAGUGAACAAUACAGUGGUUUCUGUUAGAAAUCAUUGUCUUAAAUGUGACAUUCAAAGGGAAGAGCAAGAAUGGAAUGAUUUGCAGGGUUAUCAUUCUUGAGUGUUAGAGAAGUUACUUAUUCAUAAAAAAUAAAAACCGUUGUCCCUUUCAGAUGAUCUCAAAUAGUAUAUGUAAGUUUAAAAACUUUUUGAAAACUAAUGCAAUGUGUUAAAAAAAAUAAAAGCAAC